AUGCAGGCUGUGGAGCGAUCGGCGAUAGAGAUGUGUGUCCAGAUGAUCGAUCGGCUCGCUCAUCGCAGCAUCCCACGCCUUCUAGAUGUGUUCCAGUAUGCAGAACGAUAUCUUCUUGUGUGGGAGCCAUUUGAGUGCACUCUCCACGAGGCUUUAGCGUUGAGUUGCCACAUCGCCGAAAGUGAAGUGGCCCAGAUCUUGUGGCCCGUUUUAAAGUGCCUUCAGUUCUUACGCGGCCAGUCGAGGGAGCUAGCCAGCCUCACUGUUCGAGAUAUCUUGUUCACCGAAGAGGGUGAAAUAAAGAUCGCGGGUAUUGAGAACAGUCGCCAAAUCGACCAAGUCGACCCUUUCCGUAUCGACGCAAUGGCUUCUACUUUCAAUGCUCUCCGGUCAAUUAUCGAUAAAAUCAUGCAAAAAAAGAAAGGCUCCAAAUUCACCUGGAGCCAGGAGAUGCAACGCUUUAAAUCAGCGCUGGCCAAGAGCAACUCUGCGCGGUGCCUGGAUAAUCUAUUGUCGCACGCCUUAUUUGGACAAGUGACCGAGGAGAGAAGCCUGAAGUUACUGAUAGAGUUGGUGAACGAAACCAUUUUCCACGAAGUCCAAGUUCGGCGCGAGGGCACUCUUGCCAGGGCAAGGCCACUAGCGAAGCUUGCGACGCCGUUUACAACAUAG